GAACCUACUACCUACCUAUACACAUACCUACCUCCAUAUAUCGUAAUUAUCUGGCUUGCGAUACAUGCCUACCAUAUCUAUACCUCGCUGAAAGGGAAUGACUUGGGUCUUUCUUCCAUGCAUGGCGCUUCCCUAUUGAUUCUAAGCUGCGUGGACCGGCGUGAGUCUCAGUGACAAUGACGAGGGAUGACGGCCGCAUCACCUCCUUUGCGAGUUCCAGCAGUGGACACUCCAAUAUCACCGUGAUGCCACCAGUCCCUACUCGUUCAGCCUCGGCGUCCUCAACAUCGAAUAAAGCCACGCCGAAACCUAUUAAGACCGAGCAUAACAAAUAUAGGCCAUUUAAAGACGACUCUCAAGUCUCGCCAACCGCAUCUAACCAUCGUCUCGCUUUAUCUCCCACUUCAACUUCAUCUAGUGCCUCCCUACUCGAUAGCCGCCGAAUGAGUGACCUUACCAACUACCGUCGCGACCUCGCCGUUCUCGACCCAUCUGGUGGUCGCGUUCCCCAAAUCCAGCGAGAUCCUCCGACCGCGAGCCCGAACUCUCAGCAUAACAUACCUCCCUGGCUUGUCAACGGCGGUGUAACCGCUUCUCCAAUUGCCACCAGUUUCUUUAACGAUUCAAGUGACAACGUAUCCACCGCCUCCCAACUUUCGCCCGCAUUUCGUUCAGGUACCGCGCGGCCAACCCAGGCUUCGAGCACCGAAUCCCCCGACGUAGGCUACUUCCCCGAGGAUAGGCGACCGUCCGCAGCGAGCGUAGCGACAGCAAGCAGUCAAGGCUCCAAAAAUAGUGGCAGCAGAGGUGGCAUUAGGAAAUUACAAGGCUUCUUUGGUGAGGAUUACCCUGGCCGCGAUUCAUCCGAAACGAGCCUUCCCCAGCCGUCAUCUCAGAGCCAACCAAAAGAGCAACGGUCCUACUCCUUUACUCGGUCUUCCCGCAGAGCAAGGAAUGAUUCCAAUGCCACGGACCAUACGCGAGAACCCUCGCCGUCGUCUUCCAGGCCACGAACCCCAGUUCCGUCAAGUGAUGUUGUACCAUUUUUAUAUCAGGAGGCUAACGAUAUCGCGAAAUAUGGUGAAGCCCCCGUACGUGACAUGCUAGCUGGUCCAGACAAAGAGCGCUUUGCACAGGAUAAUUAUGCGCAAAUACCGCCGAAAACCUCGUCUUCCAACCGUUCGGGGCAUUCUAUCGCCCAUCUAACUGGCCACCACCGCCACCACAGAAGUAUCGAUGAUCCAAACACGCUUAGACCGGUAGUGAGCCGCGAGGACUCAAUACUGAGUAUGAGUCUUCAGAGUAUUCAGACUAUGAAGGAAAGGGGAGCAUCUGCAGCUGCGUCUCGGUCACGAGCCCAAAGUCCAACCCCAAGUAGUGCCAGCAAUAGCAGCAGACUUCCAUCCAUCGAUGGCCAAACUUCGCCGGGCGCUCCUGGUAAACGGGGGUUGUUCGACCGUUUGCGACGACACAAGACCAAGGAUGAUUCUCGUUUAAAAGGGUUGCCUGGCUCUACACGCUCUCUCGUUCGCUCUACCUCUCGACAGGACUUGAGGGGCUCCCCGUCGUCUUACGAUAAGCCCCUACCCAGCCUGGAAACCCCUCGUCCAAGCACUGCCCGUCAAGCAACCUUCAAUAACAAGUUCCCCUUCUCCAAGAAAGGUCGCCCACAGAAAUAUUACGAAGACCCCGAUGAUAAUAUUGGCCCAACGGAUAGGAACGACAAGGGCAUGGUUUUUCACCUCGACACUAAUCUUAGCGAUAUGGAGGGUAUCUUAGCACAACCUCCACCGUUGACACCUAUGGAACCGACGAUGUUUCAACUGGCAGACGUUGAACUUGAGCCUGUCUCGGCUCAAGGAAACGGGGCGUGGAAUGCGCCGGACAGCUGGGCUGUUCGCCGCACCGCAGAAGAAAGAGAGGCACACGUGCCUGAAGUUGACGAUGUUGGCACGCCGCCUCGACCUGAAGAGAAGAUGAGUCCUCACUGUAUACGAGUAUUUCGCGCCGACGGUACAUUUGCCACCGUGCAGAUGCCAUUGACCUCGACAGUGUCCGACGUCAUGGCGCAGGUUGUUAAGAAGACUUUCGUCUCCGACGGCCUCGAAAACUACCAUAUCGUUUUGAGGAAGCAUGACCUAUCGCGGGUUCUAACCCCCGUAGAGAAGCCACUGCUGAUCCAAAAGAGAUUACUACAACAGGUCGGAUACGAAGAGAAAGAUCGCCUUGAGGACAUCGGCCGUGAGGACAACGGAUACCUAUGUCGGUUUUUGUUCUUGUCGGCAAGGGACAAUCAUUUCACAGUAAGUCCUCAAGAUCUUGGACUCGGUAGGGCCACCAAGUUCAAUCAUGUGGACCUUUCCGGCCGGAAUUUGAUUACGAUACCCAUCUCUCUCUACUCCAAGGCUACCGAUAUUAUCUCUUUAAACCUAUCUAGGAACCUUUCGCUCGAUCUUCCGCGAGAUUUCGUCCAAGCAUGCAGCCAGCUGCGGGACAUCAAGUACGCUAAUAAUGAGGCCCGAAAACUUCCUAUCAGCGUCGGGAGAGCAGGGAAACUCACAUAUCUUGACGUGUCGAAUAACCGUUUAGAAGAUCUAGAACAUGCAGAGCUUGGCCGUCUGUCAGGUCUGUUGAAGCUGAGCUUGGCAAAUAAUCGAUUGAGCCGCCUACCACAAGAGUUCAGCGCUUUUAGGUCACUUCGUUCUCUAAACCUCUCUUCGAAUUUCUUAGACAAGUUCCCGAUUUUCUUGUGUGAGCUGGAAAGUCUGGUGGAUAUCGACGUCAGUUUCAACUCGAUCUCAUGUCUCCCCGAUGAAAUUGGAAAGCUACGAAACCUAGAAAAGUUCGUCAUGACGAACAACCGACUUUCAGGAUCGUUACCGUCGACUCUUCCUCAACUCUCGAGCCUCCGCGAGUUGGACAUCAAGUACAACACACUUACUGCGAUCGAUAUCGUAUCUGAGCUUCCCAAGUUAGAAAUUCUGUCCGCGGACCACAACAUGAUCCCGCAAUUCGUCGGAGGCUUCUGUCGAGUACGCAGUCUGAAGUUGAAUUCUAACCCGAUCACGAAGUUUGAAAUAACUAGCCCCGUGCCGACUCUCAAGAUGUUGAAUCUGUCGAGCGCUCAGCUUGCCAGCAUCGAUGGCUCGUUCAAUAACAUGUUCAAUUUAGAGAGGCUCGAGCUUGAUCGCAACUAUUUUGUGUCCCUGCCUAAUACGAUUGGUAACUUACGGAGGUUGGAGCACUUCAGCAUAGCUCACAACUCAGUGGGUGAGCUACCACCAGAAAUUGGAUGCUUGAGCGAGUUGAGAGUGCUAGACAUCAGAGGGAACAAUAUUAGGAAAUUGCCAAUGGAAAUAUGGUGGGCACACAAACUAGAGACGCUCAACGCCUCCUCGAAUGUCCUUGAGUUCUUUCCUAAACCCGCCUCUCGUGCACCUCAAAUGCCAGGGGAUUCUCCAACCCCGUCACUCCCCAACACCAACAACAAUAGCAAUAAUAACAACAACAAAACGCCAACUGGGCCUUUAUCUCAAGCAUCCAGCGCUGAGGAAUUGAUGCCAGAUGGAUCGCGUCGGCCUAGCCAGGCUUCAAGCACAUUGCUCAGCGUCGGUCCUUCUCCUGUUCCUUCCGGGCCAGACCGGAAAAGCUCUGUUGUUUCAGUCUACGGAAAAGGAGGACGAAAAACUUCGGUCGUUUCACGAACCACAACAGCCAGUAGCGUUAAUGGUACUGGAUCUGGAAUCGGAACUGGAACCGUAACCCCUUCCGCGGCGUCUAGGAAAGACUCUGGGCUUUCCAAUCGACUGACUAACACGUUUGUUAGCUCGCUAAGAAACCUCUAUCUUGCUGAUAACCAGCUCGACGAUGACGUGUUCGAUCAAAUUACGCUCCUUACCGAGUUGCGCAUUCUCAAUUUGUCGUACAACGACCUCAGUGACAUGCCACAGCGCUGCAUUAAGGGCUGGGCUCAGCUGGUUGAGCUUUAUCUGUCAGGCAAUGACCUCACCAGCUUGCCGGUGGAUGACCUGGAGGAGUAUAGCUUGCUUCAGGUACUUCACAUCAACAACAACAAAUUCACGAAUCUCCCGGCCGAUAUCUCUCGGGCGAAGAAGCUAGCAGUCUUGGAUUGCGGAAACAAUUCUCUCAAAUAUAACAUCUCAAACGUGCCAUACGAUUGGAAUUGGAAUCUGAAUCCUAAUUUGCGUUUCCUCAAUUUGUCAGGAAACAAACGAUUGGAGAUCAAACAGACAAAUCUUGGCAUAGGGUCCCAGAGUCGUGAGCAGUACACUGAUUUCAGUCGAUUGCUUAAUCUCCGCGUGCUUGGUUUGAUGGACGUCACCCUCACUCAACCAAGCAUUCCUGAUCAAAGCGAGGACCGCCGUGUUAGAACUUCUGGCUCGCUAGCAGGUCAUUUACCAUACGGUAUGGCCGAUACGCUAGGUAGGAACGAACACCUUUCAACCAUUGACCUAGUCGUCCCAAGGUUCAACUCGUCUGAUUCGGAGACACUGUUGGGCUUGUUUGACGGCCAGGAUCUCUCGAGUGGUGGCUCUAAGGUUGCCAAAUAUCUCCAUGAGAACUUUGGGCACAUUUUUACGAUGGAACUGAAGGCUUUAAAGACUCGCCAAAACGAAAGUCCCGUUGACGCAUUGCGGCGUGCAUUCUUAGCUCUUAACAAGGACCUUGUUACCGUAGCCAUUGAGCACUCGGAGAAGAGGUCAUUGUCAUCUCAUCGUGGCUCCUCAACACCGGUAGUCCUCAGUAAGGAGGAUCUAAACUCUGGAGGAGUUGCCACGGUCGCGUACCUUCAAUCUCAAGAGUUAUAUGUAGCCAAUGUCGGCGACGCACAAGCGAUGCUUAUCCAGUCCGAUGGCUCACAUAAGAUUCUCACAUGGAAACACGAUCCAGCAGAGCCAAGCGAGCGUCAACGAAUUCGGGAUGCCGGAGGUUGGGUGUCACGCCAAGGAAAACUGAAUGAUUUGCUUGGAGUGUCUCGCGCUUUCGGCUACGUUGACUUGAUGCCAGCCGUACAAGCAGCUCCGCAUAUCACACAAAUAUCCAUAACGCCGCAGGAUGAAACGAUUUUAAUUGCCACGAAAGAAUUGUGGCAAUAUUUGACACCUGGUCUAGUGGUCGACGUAACUCGAUCGGAACGAGGAGAUCUUAUGCGCGCCGCGCACAAGCUACGAGAUCUUGCCAUCGCAUAUGGGGCAACCGGGAAAAUCAUGAUCAUGAUGAUCAGCGUCGCUGACCUAAAGCGACGCCAGGAACGAUCAGCACGCUUGCAUAGAGGGCAAAGCAUGUCGCUCUAUCCGUCGGGCGUCCCAGACGACUUCCAAUACCCGGCCAAGCGAGGAAGAAAACCCAAGGGCGAGGUCCAAGACUCCACCCUACACAGGCUUGAUCCCGAGGUCCCUGCUCCUACAGAGAAGCCUUCUAUUGUUUUCACUGAUAUCAAAAAUUCAACCAAUCUGUGGGAGACGUAUCCCUCGGCCAUGAGAUCCGCGAUAAAACUUCACAAUGAGGUUAUGCGACGGCAGCUUCGGAGAAUUGGUGGAUACGAAGUCAAGACUGAAGGUGAUGCUUUCAUGGUAUCUUUUCCUACAGCCACCUCCGCUCUAUUGUGGUGCUUCGCCGUUCAGACCCAUCUACUCGACGUGAAUUGGCCUUCGGAAAUUCUCAAUUCGGUUUCCUGCCAGGAAGUAUACGACAAGGAAAAUAAUCUUAUCUUCCGAGGUUUAUCUGUCCGAAUGGGUAUUCACUACGGUGAACCGGUGGCCGAGAUCGACCCCGUUACACGUCGUAUGGAUUACUUUGGUCCAAUGGUGAACAAGGCGUCUCGUAUCUCUUCGGUCGCUGACGGAGGUCAAAUCACUGUCUCUGCAGACUUCAUCUCGGAGAUUCAACGUUGCCUCGAGACAUAUCAAGAAAAUGAUCGAGCCGGAUCUAGGGGUUCCGAUGAUACAUUUGACGAUGAUGUCACGUCGUCGUCCAUUAGAAGGGAAUUGAAAUCACUUAGCUCUCAAGGAUUUGAGGUUAAGGAGAUGGGCGAGAGAAAGCUCAAAGGCCUUGAAAAUCCAGAGUAUAUCUAUUCACUGUACCCCCACGUCCUUGCCGGCCGUAUCGAACAUCAUAACAGUGGUGUAGCGGCUGAGCUUGCCGAGAAGCCCGCGACAGUACAAGGCGGAAAUGAUCUUGGCAUGGAUCCAGAGAUCAUUUGGUCUCUAUGGAACGUUAGUUUACGCUUGGAGAUGCUGUGCAGUUCUCUGGAAGAGAUGUCUGGUAGAGGCCUGCAACCUCCAGAGACCGAGUUGUUGGAGCGCAUGAGGCAACGUGGCGGGGAAGUCACAGAACGAUUCCUGUUCAACUUCAUGGAGCACCAAGUCAGCCGCAUAGAGACUUGCAUAUCUACACUCUCGAUGCGACAUAUCGCUAUGGGAGGUGGCCAGAUCACCUCAUUAGAUGAUCUUCGAACACCAAUGGCUGUUGUUCUUGAUAAUCUUGCUAUCCAGCUGGCUGAGCUCGAGCGCUACAAGGCCAAGUUCGGUGAUCUCACCGAUAGUGACGAUGGAGUGGCUAGCACCGAUCAAGAGUAAGGUAUAUCAGUCGCAGCUCGAUCACCUCACACCACACUCUACCUAGAUUAUAUUUCAACCUAAAACUAUCCUCGAAUCCGCGUCUCUACCCAUCCCAACCAACCAGGCAUAGGCUCCCACGUCACAGGCUUGAAUGGGGCCAAAAGUCAUCUUCCUAUAUAAAUCUGCCCCUCCUGCAAUGCGCUACGAAGAGGAUAAUCAUCAUGACUUAGUUCCGGUCUGGCAAGGUUGUUUCUUUAAACAGUCAUGGAUGGAAGGUUGGUUGAAUGAAUUCGCAGUGGAUACGGACGUCCUGCGAGCAGCCGAGCAGAGCCACACGUGGGAGAUAACACCCUAAUCGCUACAAUGGCCGCUCGCCAAUAGCUCUAGCGUGUACCUUUUGGAAGCUUCCCUCUG